AGAUUUUCUUCAACUCAAAAUAGAGGGUUUCCACUGGGUUUUCAACCAUGGAAAACACAGACGUUCAUCGUAAGUGCACCAUCCUUCAAAGUGAAGCCCUUCAAGAGUACAUCUUAGAGACUAGUGCUUACCCAAGAGAGCAUGAGCAGCUCAAGGAGAUCAGAGAGGUCACCAUUCAGAAAUAUGGCUUUCGGAGUACCAUGCUAGUUCCCGCUGACGAAGGGCAGUUCUUAUCCAUGCUUUUGAAGAUUAUAAAUCCCAAGAAGACAUUAGAGCUCGGAGUUUUCACCGGUUAUUCUCUCCUGGCCACUGCUCUUGCAUUGCCAGAUGAUGGUAAGAUAACAGCAAUUGAUACAGAUAGAGAAGCCUAUGAGACCGGUUUGCCACUCAUAAGAAAGGCUGGUGUGGAGCACAAAAUCAACUUUAUCAAUUCGAAUGCUACAUCAGUUUUAGAUGAAAUGCUGACCAAAGGUGGUGGUGAGCAUGGAAUGGAGUUGUUCGACUUUGCAUUUGUGGAUGCUGAUAAGCCUAAUUACAUUCAUUAUCAUGAGAGAUUAAUGAAGCUGGUAAAGAUUGGAGGAGUUAUUGCCUACGAUAACACACUAUGGCAUGGAUCAGUCGCUGUUGAUGAGGAAGAGGCCCCUGAGAUUUUUAGGGAUGGCAGAAGGGCAAUCAUGGAUUUAAAUACCUACUUGGCUUCUGAUCUUCGUAUAGAAAUGUCACAAAUUUCUAUCGGUGAUGGCAUUACCUUGUGUAGACGCAUUCGUUAGAUGUUUAAAUUAA